GGGCGUCGAGACUUGAGAGAGUGACAAUAGAAACUCGGAUCUUCAAUUCCAAUGCUUCGAGGAGGCGCGAGUGGCCGCACUCCCUAUGAUCGCCCUCACUCCUAGCUGGAAGGCCCUGGCAAGAUGCCAGUUAUAAAGCUUGAAUUCAUCUCUCCUCCCUAUAGAAAACCAGGCAAGUGUUCGGAUUCAGUUUUACAGUCAUUGAUCGGAGGUCUUUCUCUCUUUCUUUCCUUUCCAAUUCAUUGUUUGUCAACCUUGGCUAUAGAUUGCCUCGUCUAGUACGCCUGUCCACUCUUUAACUUUCACCCACCAAAUAUUUUCUUAUCUUAGCAAAUCGCAAUGGCCCGCUUCAGCAUCUCCGUCCUUGUGCUCUGCCUUUUCAUGGCCUUGAUGGCGUCUGCCAUGCCUGUCAAGCGCGACGAUGUUGCCAAUGAAAGCGACUACGCUAUGCAGGGGAUCGAGUCCGCCGCCAAGAUGAUGGAGGAGAUGAUUGAGAAAUACAAGGAAGCCCAGGAGGCGAACGACAACUCCAACGAUGCCUCUUCCGAAACCUCCGAGAACCAGAACGCCCCGAUGGAGGAUGCGAACACGAGCCCUUCUUCCACUACUCCCACUGAGGCGACUCCUGCUGCCAGCGCUGCCGCCCAGUCUCCCAAGCCUAGCAAGACUCACAUCGUGAACGACAACCCUUUUGCGAAUUUACCCCUUGUCGGCGGUCUGCUGAGCGGUGGUGGUCUCGGUCUGUGA